AUGAACCCUGUCUAUAAAGAAAAGGAGACGGAGGAGAAGGUUCACAGCUGUGGAGAAAGACGAGUGUUCAGCCCAGAGGAACACCGGGCGAUAGGGGGAGCCAUAGAGCGACUGGGUUUACAGCUCCUAGAAAAGCUUCCUAUUGGUCUGCAGCAGCCAAAUGUUGUCCUAUCACCUCUUAGCCUGGCCUUUGCCCUCGCACAUCUCACCUUAGGAGCUCGCAAUGAAACAGAGAAGCUGCUACUGAAGAGCCUUCAUGCCCAAAGUCUCCCAUGUUACCAUCAUAUUCUGGGAGGCCUUAUGCCUCAUUUCAGCAACAUGGAUGUGGCAACACGCAUGUACCUGAGACCAGGAUUUGAAGUGAAAUUGUCUUUUGUUCAGGACUCUCUGGCCAGGUACCAAUCACUGCCUGUUCCCCUGCCCUCUGUGGAGGAGGUCAAUCAUUGGGUGGAUAAUGCCACUAAUGGCCACAUCCCAAACUUCCUGGAAAGUAUUCCACAUGACGUGGUGCUUAUGCUCAUCAAUGCCAUGUACUUCAAAGGUGAAUGGCAGACACGUUUUGACCCACUUGUGACCUCUAAGGGAAUAUUCUACCUGGACAACCAGAACUCAGUGUCAGUGGACAUGAUGAAGUCUGUCCAGUACCCACUCCGCCUGCUGUACGACCCAGAGCUGGAAGCCCAGGUCGCCAGUUUUCCCUUCAAGGGAAACACCAGCUUCUUAAUCGUCAUGCCUUUGCUGGGCAGAGGAAACGUGUCAUCAGUGCUUCCCAAACUGAACAUAUCUGACCUUUACAGACGUCUACCUCAAAAGAAAACAAUGCAAGUCAUCUUACCCAAGGUGAAGCUGCAGUACCGCCAGGAGCUCCAGGAAGCGCUCACCAGCAUGGGCCUCGGCUCUCUGUUUUCGGGUCCUGACCUCUCUGGGAUCUCCGACCAUCCCCUGAAGGUGACAGGCGUCCGCCAUGCCAGCACCAUAGAACUCAGCGAGGAAGGUGUGGAGGCAUCUGCCACCACUGCUGUAACCUCAAUGCGCUCCAUCUUCCUCUUCUCUAUCAACUCCCCCUUCCUCUUUGUGGUCGUCGAUGACGCCUCCCUCACCCCCCUCUUCAUGGGCAUUGUCACAAACCCUGCCCCUGACAAUGACCCCAUGCUCCAUGAUGAACCUGAUGGCAACAGCACCAUGAGCGACCAACCUGCAACGGAGAAUACUGGGAAAAGAGACAUAAAUAGCGAACUAACGUCAUGCAGCGACACAGAGCAAGGAGAGGGCAGCAGAAGGCAGUCAUGCAGCGCCCCCACUGGUGAGAAGGAGCAGCUGCAGCCUGUAAAUGGACUGGAGAGCAGCAGUGGGAAGAAGACAGGAGAAAAUGAAACCUGCUCCAAACCAGACAACUCUGUACCUGCCUGAUGUUUGAAAUCUUAGUGGUGAAAGGAAUAAUUUGAUAUUUUGGGAAAUGUGCCUAUUUGAUUUUCUCAGAGUUAGAUGAGUAAAUCUAAACCACUCUCAUGUCUGUCUGUCAGGUAAAUAUGAAGCUAGAGCCAUAAAAACAGGGGGAACAGCUAGCCUGGCUCUUUCUGAAAGGUAACAAAAUCCAUCUACCAGCUCACUAAAUUGAAAUCAGCCCUGUGACAAAACAAUGAAGGCUGUUGCGUUUGUGGCGGCUGCUCCACUCUCAUAUCAUGAGACAUGAAAUACAAUUCAGGAAGUUCAAUUUAAGUACUGGAUUUGUUCAUUCGAAGGCUUGUCAGUUACAAAAAAAUACAGAAACAGGAUUGAUCAUAAGUAAUCCAGCAGGAAAGUGCACUUGAAUUUAUGUGAUUAGCACCUUGCCUUGCAUUGUGUUGUGGCAAAAGUCGAGCCUGGUUCAACUUUUUUGCUGGACGACCCUGGUUGUUUUUGCUGGAACCCUUAGUGUCGGCACCUCUGCUGUUUCGCAGGACUGUAACUGACAUUUUAUAUCUUGUAUGUUUAAUCUGUAGAAAAACUAAGUGUAAAAAUGACAACUUGUGGUGUUACUGGAGGGAUUAUGUGUGAGACCACUUCUUGGCCGGAAGCAGUUGCUAGGUUUCCAUCCAAAUUUACUACAAAUUUUAACUGAAUUUCCAGAAUAUUGGAAAAAGAAUAUUCAAAUUGAAAAUUGAUUCAAAUU